CUGGAUUGUUGGUGAAGCUAUUUGUGGAAAUGUGCAUAGAGGCUAUAUCAUUGAUAGGGAUCAACGCCGAUGGUAUAUGGUCUCCGGUCCAAAGAAGCUCCUACCGCCGGAGGAAGAGAAGGAGAUUGUCGUUCUAGAGCGUUACAUCAACCAGCUUCCUCACAACGCUCACGCAAUCACCGUGGACGACAACGGGUUACUAGUUUCAGUAUCAACAAACCCCGAAGAUGAUCCUACUUUAAUUCCUUAUUAUGCGCGUUACUCGGACGCACCAUCCCUUCAAGGCUGCCUUACUAUUAGGUUGUCAAGUCUCACCGAAUUGGAUCGGCUUGGACCGGGUGUGGACUUCGUGAGUUAUAUUGACAGGGCUGCAACUCAAAAAGUGGUUUUCAAAUACAGCAUGAUCGUUCAGUGGACACAGCAGAUAUGGAAGGAAAUGCAUCUCGCUAAGAGCUUCCGGCACCCCAACCUUGUCCCAUUCGAUCGCGUUGUUAUAGACGACGUUGAAUCGCGUGUCCUCGGAUUUACUACAACAUAUAUUCCCGGGGGCACCCUCGAUCAAAAACGAAACCGCGUUUUCCUAUUCGAGUGGCUACAGCAGCUUACCGCAGUGGUUCACUACCUAAACCUAGAGUUGGGUGUUGUACAUCAAGAUAUAGCGCCGCGAAAUCUUUUGAUCGAUCCUACGACAAACAAGAUCCUACUAUUCGACUUCGAUCGUGCUGCUCCAGUCAGCCACACGGUUCCAGUGCGGAAUGAUGUCACAGGUGUGAUAUUUACUCUUUGCGAAAUCAUCACCGAGGACGGCCAUCUUCGCGAAGUACCGUUUACAGAGCCGGAUCCACAGCAAGUGCAGAGCCUCGAACAAUGGCCGGUGCGAUGCAAGCUCGAUAGCGACGUCGCUCGAUUCCGAAAGCAUCUAAAUGAUUGGGUUCGGCAGCGGACAUACGCCAGCCAUGGCCCGGAUCAAAUAGGAGCUAUGCCUAAUGAGUGA